CCCGCCUGCCUCCCCCCCACGACUGCCUCCGCCUCCCCUCCCGUCUUGCCUUCUUGCUCCUCGCCACCCCCCUCCCCCUGGCGAUGCUCCAGAUGCACCCGUCCGGUGGGUCGCCGGUCCUCUCGCAGGCCCCGCCACAUGGCGCAAUGCCCCUCAACAUCAAGGGGAUCUUCGAGCCGACCGGGCUCUUCCACGCGUUCCACCCGCUGCCGGCCCUGCAGCAAGUCCGCCCGGUGGACCGAGACAGAUACUUCUCCGAGUGCUUGGGGUACCUGUCUCAAGAGAUGAUCAACUCGCGCACUCCCAGCCGCGAGCUGUCCAACGUGGCCGAAUGCUACUGCAUUGUCAUGGUCCAGAUCCAGGAGUGGGCCCCCUUUGUGUCCUUUUCGUCGCUGUUUGACGGUCUCAUUGGCUGCCUGCUGAAGUUCCUCCCCGCCCCGCGGCAGCUCGAGGGCCUGGCGCACUCGGCCAUGCUGUCGGUGGCCGCGCAGGCGAUGCUCACCUUGACGUCGCUUUUCUCCUUCGUUCGGGACCCGGCCGCUCCUCUCGCCCUGGGCCAAGUGAUGUUUCCCUUGCAGCCGGGUGAGUGCCUCGCCGCGCGCCGGCAUGAGUCCCUCUUCCAGCGCCUGCUGGCAACCUUGUUGGCGUACUGUACCCUGCCGCUGCCGGAUUCCAUAGCCUGGUUCCAUCAAACCGCGGUCUCCUGCUUGACCGAGCUGGAGCGUAUCAUGCCCUGCCUGCUUUCAAUCCAUGCCAUUCCCCUCCGGGAUUCGCUGGCCCGCUUGUCGACUGCCGGUGCCUCUUCCCUUGUGGCGGUUCUGGCGCUGCUGAUGAUGGACAUCUCCCGCAAUGCGCUUCUCAUCAUGUCGCCGACCCUGCCCGAUCGGCCGCUCGAGCAGCCAGCCGCCCGGGAAAAGACGGGCGGCUUCUUCGGCCUGGGGCUGCCAUCGCCGCCCUCGCGCGACACCUCGGCACACCGCGCCGCCCAGCCGCCCACCGACCAGAAGAACUUCCAGAACUUCAUGCUGUCCGUCUAUCGCGCGGGCCAGACUCGCGCCAUCGAGGCCUGCCCGACUUUUGCCCCGGCCCUGUUGCUGGCCUUGAUCACGGACUUCUUUGCAUCCGACGCGCUGGCCCCCUUCACCCCGACGCGGGUGCGCCCCCUGCCCCUGGCCCGGGACUUGAACAGCCUGGCAUAUCGCCUAUCGACGCACUUUGAUCCGUGCCUGCUGCAGGCGCACCUGCUGCUGAGCGAGCUGCUCUACUCCUUCACGGCACAGGGGGCCGCCGGAGCUGGCCGAGCGCCAUCCACAGCCACGCUAUCCUACGAGGCGGAAGACCAGCUGGAGGAGGCCAUGAGCUCGCUGGCCCUGCGCAUUUGCCUGUUCGCCAACAUUCCCUGGAUCUCAAUCCCCGCGCGGGUGCUUACUCUUUCGUGGUUGGAGCAACUUUUCCGGCGCCAACUCUCCCGGUCUCGGAGUUUGGAGCUCCUGGCCACCAUCGGCCUGCCGCGGGCACUGCCCUUCCUGCUUCCCACCUCGGUCGAUCCGGUUGGCAUCCGCGCGGCCAAGCUGCGCGUGCUGCUGUAUGCCUUUGACAAGGCCUGUCGGCUGGGGCGUCUGCCUGAGUCCGGCCCGGCCGAUGGGGGGGUCGUCCCCCUGGCGGGCGACUCGGAGGCCGACAACCAGUGGAAGCUCCCCCUCGCGUCGAAUCUCCUGCGGCUGCUGGAGUGCCUGGACAGGGACCUGCAGCGUGAGGCGCUGGCUGGUGCGGUGGCCGGGUCCCGGGCCGAGGCCACGACCUUCCUGCGCCCGGCCAUGGUGGCCCUCUUCGACACGCUGGAGCUGGUGGUCCGGCACUUCCCGGACUUUGUGCCGACAUUCAGCAUAUACACCGUGGCUCGGAUGAUUCGACUCCCGUCGCUGACGCGCGGCGUGCUGGACUUCAUUCGGCGCAUCUCAGCCGGCGACGGUCCAGCCGAUGCCGGGGCCCGGCGCUUCCGCCAGACCCUCCUCAGCCAGUUUGUGGCCUGCCUCCGGUCGGGCUCGCUGCGCAUGCAGGUUGAGUACAUUCCCCUGUGCACUCUUUCGCUGUCAGAUCGGUUCACCGACCCGGCGCCGGUGAUCCUCUCGCUCAUUGGCGCCCUCCGGCUCCAAAGCAGCCAGUGGUGGCGCAGCCAGGCCGGAGCCGAUGGCCUGCUGCAGCUGGCUCGGGCGGCCAUCAUCACCCAUGCGACCCCGGUGCCCCUGGAAGCCCAUCUCCCGGCGCACCAGCUCCAGGCACAGGCCGAGGCCUCGGCCGAGGCCGGGGCUCGGCGCAUUCGCGGCCCGCUGGCGGCUCUGCUGUCUCUGCUCGCGCGGGGACAUCCCUGCGCUGCGGCCCGGGCCGACGCGCGCUUCUUGCACACGCUGCUGGCCCGGCUCUCGGCCGAUCGCCUGUACUCGGUUCUCUCGCCUCUGGUGUCCAACCUGACCGGCAGCGCGCAGGAGACCAGCCAGUCCGCCCUCAUGACGGCCAAUGACAUUGCCUUGCUGCUUCCCCCGACGCGCGAUGACACCCCGGAAGACAGCAACAUCGUGAUUGAGACCGAUGUCCCGGUGCUGGCCCUGCGCCGGGUGGUCUGUGCCGCCGGGAGUCCCGCGGCAGGCCCCGGGGCCUGGGCGGGGCUGCUCUUCGAAGACCGGUCUGGUGCUGACUCCGGCACUCCGGCGGUGCUGGACUAUCUUCGGUCGAUCAAUGGCCCGGGCCGGCGCUCGGUUUCCCUCACACUCGAAGUGCAGAUGCAAGCCAACGCUUUGGCCCUGGCCUUGGCCAAGUUCUCCGACCCGGAGGCCACCACGGAGGAGCUCCAGGCGACCGAGUCGCUGGCGCCGAUGGGCAAGCUUUUUGCCGCGCGCAUCGGCCUGUCGCAGGCCCACACGAACAUUUCUCAUAUUGGCGGCGAUGCCCGCCCCACCGGCCGUGUCCAGGCCCAGCCGGCCAUCCUGCAUCAGCCCGUCGAGCUGGAGCUGCCAUACUUGGAGGAGACACGACACACGGCCGAGGCGUCGCCCUACUCGACAUCCACGUACGCCCGAGUGUCCCUGCCGAUCUCGGCCCCGAGCCCCUUCAGUCUUGCCGCCUGCAUCUUGUCCUCGAGCACGGUUGACGGCCGCACCCUCCUCGGACCGGUGACCAUUUUGCCGACCCUCUUCGACGCGACCCCCGGCACCGGGUCGACGAUGCUGGCCGCCGGGUCGCCGGAUGCCGAUCGCAUGGACACCGCCGCUUCGCUGGAGCUCCACUUUGAGGACCUCUGUCGCCCGCUGGGCUUCGAGCCCUCCGCCCUGGCGCCGAUCUUCGACCAUCUAUGGCACUGGCUUGGCAGCCUGCUGCUGAGCGAUCUGGACGCCUCGCGCUCCUUUGAGGCCGGCCCCUCCAGCCAAUGCUCCUUCUCGGCCAUCAGCGACAGCCACCCUGGCAUCGAGCCGUAUGAAGCCAUCGUGCGCGUGUCGCAGAAGAACUUGCCCAUGCUGCUGCGCUUCCUCAGCCCGUAUGCCGUCCCGCGGGAGACCCACGGGUCGGAACCCGCCGGCGGGGCCGCCACCAGCGACUACCUGGUGGCCCUCCCUCCGCGCUACCACCUCCUGCUGCGAGUGGACACCCCGGCGAAGGCUGACUCCGGCAAUCUGCUGGCCGUGGCGCCGCCACUUCCCCAGGCGGCCGGCGACCGGCUGGCUGUUCGUGUGCGCACUGACCAUCCGGCCAUCCUGGUGCAUGCCACCAGCUUUUUGAAGCGCUAGAGAGGGCGCCGUGUGUGGGUGCAGUUUCCCGAGCCCCGGAUGGGCGCCCUUGCCUCCCUUGGCCCCCCCCCCCCCCUCCCCCGGUCUCCCGUCCUCCCGCUCCCUGUUUCUCUCCCCGUGCCUCUUCUGUUCCUCGCGCCUGAAAAAAAAAUACACAAUCCCCAGCCGGGAAUCCCCG